GGCUGCGCGGGGAAUUCGAAUCGCCGGCGGCCUUCGAGACUCGGGGUUAGGGGCUGAUGGGGAGUUUGGUCGGCGGCUGGUGGGGUAUUUCGCCGCUGCGCGUUUUUUCUCGUCAUGGACAACCUAGAAAAUGUCUUUCGCAUGUUUGAAGCCCAUAUGCAAAGCUACACGGGUAAUGACCCACUUGGAGAAUGGGAAAGCUUUAUAAAGUGGGUAGAAGAGAAUUUUCCUGACAAUAAAGAAUACUUGAUGACAUUAUUAGAACAUUUAAUGAAGGAAUUUUUACAUAAGAAGAACUACCACAAUGAUUCAAGAUUCAUCAAUUAUUGCUUAAAAUUUGCUGAGUACAACAGUGACCGUCAUCAGUUUUUUGAGUUUCUGUACAACCAGGGAAUUGGAACCAAGUCAUCAUAUAUAUACAUGUCCUGGGCAGGGCAUCUGGAAGCCCAGGGAGAGCUGCAGCAUGCCAGUGCUAUUUUUCAGACAGGAAUUCACAAUGAGGCUGAACCUAAAGAACUACUACAGCAACAAUACAGGCUAUUCCAAGCACGCCUUACUGGAAUCCAUUUGCCAGCUCAAGCUACAACCUCAGAACCUUUGCAUAGUGCACAGAUUUUAAACCAAGUUAUGAUGACAAACUCAAGUCCAGAAAAAAACUCAGCCUGUGUUCCUAGGAGUCAGGGUUCAGAAUGUUCUGGUGUGGCAUCUUCCACUUGUGAUGAAAAGUCUAAUAUUAGGGAACAAAGGGUGAUCAUGAUUUCCAAGUCAGAAUGCUCUGUCAGCUCAUCUGUGGCACCCAAGCCUGAGGCUCAGCAAGUUAUGUACUGCAAGGAAAAGCUUAUUCGUGGAGAUUCAGAAUUUUCUUUUGAAGAACUGAGAGCCCAGAAAUAUAAUCAAAGGAAGAAGCAUGAGCAGUGGGUUAGUGAAGACAGAAAUUAUAUGAAAAGGAAAGAAGCAAAUGCUUUUGAAGAGCAAUUAUUAAAACAGAAAAUGGAUGAACUUCACAAGAAAUUGCAUCAAGUGGUGGAAUUGUCACACAAGGACCUUCCUGCUUCUGAGAACAGGCCUGAUGUUAGUCUAGUAUGUGUUGGACAAAAUACUUGCUCCCAGCAGGAAUUGAGGGGUCCAAGUCUUUCAUCCAUCAGUCAUCAGACCUCAGAGAGUUCAGGAGAGAAACCACAGGAAGAACCUUCUGUUCCUCUUAUGGUAAAUGCUGUUAACAGCACUUUGCUGUUCCCAGCUGCCAACCUGCCAGCUCUUCCUGUUCCUGUAAGUGGCCAGUCAUUGACAGACUCCAGAUGUGUGAAUCAAAGUGUUCAUGAAUUCAUGCCACAGUGUGGACCAGAAACAAAAGAAGUGUGUGAAACAAAUAAAGUUGCCAGCAUUAAUGAUUUUCAUACAACUCCAAACACAUCAUUGGGAAUGGUUCAAGGAACACCAUGCAAAGUGCAGCCAUCACCAACUGUCCACACCAAGGAAGCAUUAGGUUUCAUCAUGGACAUGUUUCAGGCUCCAACACUUCCUGACAUUUCUGAUGAUAAAGAUGAAUGGCCAUCUCUGGACCAAAAUGAAGAUGCAUUUGAAGCCCAGUUUCAAAAAAAUGCAGUAUCUUCGGGAGAUUGGGGAGUUAAAAAAAUUAUGACUUUGUCAUCUGCUUUUCCUAUUUUUGAAGAUGGAAACAAAGAAAAUUAUGGCUUACCACAGCCUAAAAAUAAGCCCUUAGGAGCUAGGACCUUUGGAGAACGAUCUCUCAGUAAAUAUUCCUCGAGAUCAAAUGAAAUGCCUCACACUGAUGAGUUUAUGGAUGAUUCAACAGUAUGUGGUAUUCGCUGCAACAAAACUCUAGCUCCCAGUCCUAAAAGUAUAGGAGACUUUACAUCUGCUGCCCAACUUUCGUCUACACCAUUCCACAAAUUUCCAGCAGAUUUAGUACAGAUUCCAGAAGAUAAAGAAAAUGUGGUAGCCACACAGUAUACACAUAUGGCUUUGGAUUCUUGUAAAGAAAACAUAGUGGACCUCUCAAAAGGCAGAAAGCUUGGGCCAAUUCAAGAGAAAAUUUCAGCAUCUUUACCCUGUCCUAGUCAGCCUGCCACAGGUGGUUUGUUCACCCAGGAAGCAGUGUUCGGCCUUGAGGCUUUUAAAUGCACAGGCAUUGACCAUGCGACAGUGGAAGACCUAUCCGAUGCCAAUGCUGGGCUCCAAGUUGAAUGCGUGCAGACACUUGGAAAUGUCAAUGCUCCAAGCUUUACUGUUGAGAACCCAUGGGAUGACGAAUUGAUUCUUAAACUUCUCUCUGGACUUUCUAAGCCAGUUACUUCCUAUUCAAAUACUUUUGAGUGGCAGAGUAAACUUCCAGCCAUCAAGACCAAGACAGAAUAUCAAUUGGGUUCUUUGCUGGUCUAUGUGAAUCACCUUCUUGGAGAAGGAGCCUUUGCUCAAGUCUUUGAAGCUAUUCAUGGAGAUGUGAGAAAUGCCAAAAGUGAACAGAAAUGCAUUUUGAAGGUGCAGAGACCUGCCAACUCCUGGGAAUUCUACAUUGGGAUGCAGCUGAUGGAAAGACUAAAGCCAGAAGUACAUCACAUGUUCAUCAAGUUUUAUUCUGCUCAUUUAUUCAAGAAUGGCAGCAUAUUAGUAGGGGAACUCUACAGCUAUGGGACGUUACUAAAUGUCAUUAACCUCUAUAAAAAUACCUCUGAAAAAGUGAUGCCCCAGGCUCUUGUCCUCACUUUCGCUAUCAGAAUGCUUUACAUGGUUGAACAAGUCCACAGCUGCGAAAUCAUUCAUGGAGACAUUAAGCCAGAUAACUUCAUACUAGGACACAGAUUUUUGGAACAGGCUGAUGAAGACUUAGCUACCGGCUUGGCAUUGAUUGACCUGGGUCAGAGUAUAGAUAUGAAACUUUUCCCUAAAGGAACUGUAUUUACAGGAAAAUGUGAAACAUCUGGUUUUCAGUGUCCUGAGAUGCUCAGUAACAAGCCAUGGAACUACCAGAUUGAUUACUUUGGAGUUGCUGCAACAAUAUACUGUAUGCUCUUUGGCUCUUACAUGAAAGUAAAAAAUGAAGGAGGAGUCUGGAAACCUGAAGGUCUUUUUAGAAGGCUUCCUCAUUUGGAUAUGUGGGAGGAAUUUUUUCACAUCAUGUUGAAUAUACCGGAUUGUCAUAAUCUUCCAUCUUUGGAUUUUCUGAGACAGAAUAUGAAGAAAUUACUUGAACAACAGUAUUCCAACAAGAUUAAGACCUUGCGUAAUAGGCUAAUUGUGAUGCUUUCAGAAUAUAAGCGUUCAAGAAAAUAAAAUGAAUAUGGACCUUCUCCAAAACACACUUAGUAAAUUUAAACUCUCACUUUGAAUCCUAUUUUUUUCAUACUUACUAUUUAUGUAUGUUUAAAAAAAAUAAAGCCCAUAUGAUAUACCCAUGUGACCUAGUUGUUCUAAAUACUCUAACAAACAAAGUAAGGAGACCCCUGUAAGCAGGCUGAUCUAUUGGGUUGCUCUUAGUAUACAAAUCUUCUUGAGAAUGAUUCAAAUUUAGAUGCUUUAUAGAAGUUACCUCCCUGCCCCCAACUCCAAGACAAUUUCUCAGUAUAACCAGAGCCCUGGCUGUCCUGGACUUGGCUGUAGACCAGGCUGGCCUCGAGCUCAUAGAGAACCACCCGCCUCUGCCUCCCAAGUGCUGGGGUUACGGGAGUAACCACCAUGCCCUGCUAGAAAUCACCUUUCUAAACACUGACCUAUUUAAGUUAAAAGUAAGCCAUAAAAAGAGUUAUAAAUUAUGUUUAGUUAGCGUAUGUAGGAUUAGGUUUCCUUAUGGCAUUUUAAGAAAAAAAAAUGUUUAUUUUUCUUCCCCAUACUUUUGACCCCCUUUGUUCUCUUUCACACCCCAUAGCUUACUUUCCACUUCCAUGUCUCAUCUGUCAAUGUCCCCUCCUCCUUUCUUAACAUCUUUUUCCCUUAAGGUCUUUACUUUCUAACCCCAUGUAUUUUUAUACAAAUUUCAUGGUGUACAUCUGAAAAGAAUUUUAUUGUGUAUGAUUCCACAUUGUCAUUAUACAACCAUCAGUUGAUUGAUAAACAUCUGGGCUGAUUCCAUUUCUUUGCUAUUGUGAAUAGAGGAACAAUUGACAUGGAUGUGCAGGUUUCUCUUGUAAAAGAUAGAAUCCUUUGUGUGCCCUGGAGUAGGAAGCUAGUUCAUAAACAGUUCUAGUUUUCUGGGGGUUUGUGUGUGUGUGUGUGUGUGUGUUGUUUUGUUCUUGUUGUGAGACCACCAUACUGAUUUCCACAAUGACCAUACUAGGUCGCAUUUCAACUAACAAUGAAUAAAGAAUUUCUGUUUACUC